GGGGACAGCUCGGUCCAGUCGCUCCGGGCCGCCUGGUUCCUCCUCCACCAGCUCUGGGCUGAACCCAGAGCCCAGAAAAGAGUCGGUUCUGAGUUCCCUGUGGUUGUGCGGCCGCCGCGGAGGGGAACAUGGCGCUCGUAGGCAGCCGAGUGGAAUUGGACGCGGAUGAGGACAUCUUUGAAGAUGCCUUGGAGACCAUCUCUAGAUCUCCAUCAGACAUGGCAACAAGCGGCUUUCACUUUGUACCGUGUGACACCAAACGGACCUCCAGACAGCUUGGAGCAUCUGCUGUGGGAAGACCAGAAGGUUCAUCAGUCAAGGUGGAUCUCAAGAGCGGCCUGGAGGAGUGUGCAGAGGCGCUGAACUUAUUUCUAAGUAACAAAUUCAAAGAUGCCUUAGAGUUGCUUCGUCCAUGGGCCAAGGAGAGCAUGUACCACGCCCUGGGCUACAGUACCAUUGUGGUGUUGCAGGCUGUCAUGACCUUUGAGCAACAGGACAUCCAGAAUGGCAUUUCUGCCAUGAAGGACGCUUUGCAAACCUGCCAAAAAUACAGGAAGAAAUGCACAGUUGUCGAGUCUUUCUCAAGUCUCCUUUCUCGAGGGUCACUGGAACAACUGAGUGAAGAGGAAAUGCAUGCUGAAAUCUGUUAUGCCGAGUGUCUCCUGCAGAAAGCAGCACUCACGUUUGUGCAGGAUGAAAAUAUGAUCAACUUCAUCAAAGGUGGACUCAAAAUUAGAACAAGUUACCAAAUAUAUAAAGAGUGCCUUUCUAUCCUGCACGUGAUUCAGAAGAACAAGCAUGAGCAGCACUUCUUCUAUGAGUUUGAAGGAGGAGUCAAGCUUGGAACAGGGGCCUUUAAUUUGAUGCUGUCUCUUUUACCAGCAAGAAUCAUCCGAUUACUAGAAUUUAUUGGAUUUUCUGGAAACAGGGACCUGGGCCUUCUGCAGCUACGGGAAGGUGCAUCGGGGAGCAGCAUGCGGUCCCCGCUCUGUUGCCUUACAAUCCUGGCUUUCCAUACCUAUAUCUCCCUGAUUCUUGGUACAGGAGAAGUGAAUGUUGUGGAAGCAGAGAGUCUCCUUGCACCGUUCCUUCAACAGUUCCCAAAUGGCUCCCUCAUACUGUUCUAUCACGCCCGAAUCGAGCUGCUGAAAGGCCACGCUGAAAAGGCUCAAGAAACAUUUCGAAAGUGCAUUUCAGUUCAAGAAGAGUGGAAACAGUUUCACCAUCUCUGUUAUUGGGAAUUAAUGUGGAUUUAUAUAUACCAACAAAAUUGGAUGCAGGCGUAUUACUAUUCAGACCUACUUUGCAAAGAGAGUAAAUGGUCCAAGGCAACAUAUGUGUUCUUGAAAGCUGCCAUUUUGAGCAUGCUUCCAGAGGAAGAAGUGGCAGCGACUAAGGAGAAUGUAGUGUCUCUGUUCAGACAGGUCGAUGGCUUGAAACAGAGAAUCGCAGGGAAAUCUCUCCCCACAGAGAAGUUCGCUGUAAGGAAGGCGCGGAGGUACUCCCCUGCCUCGGGUGCCCCAGGAAAGCUCGUCUUGCCAGCGCUGGAAAUGAUGUACGUCUGGAAUGGCUUCUCCAUAGUGGGCAAGAGGAAGGAUCUUUGUGAAAGCCUCCUGGUGACUGUGGAGAAGGCUGAGGAGGCCUUACAAAGCCAAAACUUGACUGACUACUCUGUGGAUGACGAAUGCUUGGUGAAAUUACUGAAAGGAUGCUGCCUCAAGAACUUACAGCGGCCCUUGCAAGCUGAGCUGUGUUUCAACCACAUUGUAGAAAGUGAAAAGCUAUUGAGGUACGACCACUAUCUGGUGCCCUUCACGCUGUUUGAAUUGGCAUUUUUGUAUAAAAGCCAAGGGGAAAUUGACAAGGCCAUAAAGGUCCUAGAAACUGCGAGAAACAACUACAAAGAUUACUCCUUGGAGUCCAGACUGCACUUCAGAAUUCAAGCAGCUCUCCAUCUCUGGAAGAAACCAUCCUCCGACUGAUCCAGAGCACGGAUGCAGGACGGAGUCUUCCCCCAGUUAACAUUGACUCUGGCUGUGGAGAUCAGUCCUCGUGUCAAGGUGGAACCAUGAUCCUUCAAAUAAGAAACAGAAAACCUGUUGUCAGGCACUCCCUGUCACCAGAGUGGCGUACUGUCGGUCUACAUAUUUUCCCCUAUGGAAUGACAUUUAAUACUAUAUAGAAAUUUUUACAUUCUGCCUUUAAAAAGAAUUUCACAUUAGAUUUCAAUUGAGGGAUGUGAAGUCUUUUAAAAGACUGGCAGGUACAAUAAAGCCUAGUUAGAUUAUU